AUCUAUGCUUUUUUAAAUUGAUCUGAGAAAAGAAAAAUGGCGUGUUUGUCUUCCCUUCUAAAUCUUUGAUUAGAACUAGAUUACUCAGAAGUCAAUAGGGAAUAAUAAUUGUGAAAUAGAUUUAUCCAAACGUUAAAUUUUUUAGCGACAAAUCAGUGUAAAGGAUCACAAGUACAUUGAAUCCGAGUUUCUUACAGCAGGUAAACAGUAUAUAGGAAGAGAGGGGUUCAUUGUUCAACGGGUUUGCCACAUUUCAUCGAGGAAGGAUCUUCUGCAUCGGGUAUGUGAGUACGUCUGUUUCACAAUGCGGGUGAUGUUCACAGGCAAGUGAUGUCGUGGCGCAGGGACGAACGUGGCUCCCGCUGGGGCGAGCACGACGCUCGCUGGGAGGAUAGGCCGCGGACGCCCGCCUGGGAGCAGAGGCGCAGCUCAAGCCCGCGGCACUCGCCUCAGAGGGACCGCCACCGCGAGCGGUACGAUCGCGAGCGCGACCGGGACCGCCGCGACCGCUAUGAUCGCGACGCGGACCGCUUCCGCGGGCGAGAACGCUUCGAGAAGCGCGACCGCGAGCGCCGCCGCUCGCCGCUGAAGCGCUUCGAUGAACGAGACAUACCGGCCCCGCCUUCGCCGCCCAAGAUCAGCGGCGAGAAAGAAAUUUCACCGAAUUACGAUUCGGAAUCCAACAGCCCUUCGGCAGUUAACCGACAGGAAAGCCAUGCCGAGGGUGGCGACACUAAAUGUGUGAAAAUGGAGGACGCGCAAAGUCCCAAUGGCUCUGCUGGAGAUUGGUUCUGUAAAUGUGGCUCAUACAAUUUCAAACGUCGUCAGGUCUGCUACCGACGCAACUGCCAGGGGAAACGCACAGAAGGUACCAUCCUCGGUAUAGACUCCGAAAGAGGGAACAGCUCCGAUCCUAACUCUGGGAUCACAAAGAGACUUCUUUUCAGACGUUUAGAUGCUUUGACAACAGAAGAAAAGAUUUUGGAAGUAUUGAAAGAGAGAUGCUCAAUGCAAGUCAUAGAUUCUAUUGCAGGUAUUACUAUAGGACGAGAGACAUUGACGGGGGCUUCAAAAUGCCUCGCUUAUAUCAAUUUCAAUUCUAUCUCUCAAUCCACAGCCGCUCACAUGGAGUUGAUGUCUUUAAAUCCACCUCUUGAAAUAGAUGGUAAAGAAGUGUUAAUUACUUUUUAUAAUGAGCCACCUAAACUACCAAAAUCUGUUUCAACCACUUCAGCAGAAUAUUCAUCUUACUAUGCACAAAUGGCAAACUACAAUGCACCAUCAUCUGCGGCACUCUCAGAAGCAGACAGAGUCAAUGCUGCAGCGGCAGUGGCCCAGUCUGCCAUUAACGCUGCUCAAGCUCGGCAAAUGUCCUGGGUGCCAGUGUCUGCACCUGUGUUUGUUUCUUCAAAUUCACAAAUGAAUGCCGCAACCAAAAUUCCUACUGGUGACGGCAAAACUGUGUUCACUGCACCUGAUGUUAGAACAUUUAUGUAUGAUGAAACAUCAGGAUAUUACUAUGAUCCUGCCACAGGCUUGUACUAUGAUGGAGCAACCCAAUACUUUUACAACAGUCAGCUAAGUUUGUACAUGUACUGGGAUGCAACAUCCUCCACAUACAUAGCCGCCACCCAAGCUCAGCAGAACACGGACCAGCCAAAACUGCCCAGUCCACCAGAAGCCACAACAGAAAAUACUAUUAUAAAAGAACCAGAGGAAAAGAAAAAGAAAGAUAAAGAGGAUAAAGUAAAGGUGGCUAAGAAGAUUGCUAAAGAUAUGGAACGAUGGGCUAGAACUCUAAAUCAAAAGAAAGAAAAUGCUAGAAGCAAUUUUGUAAUGGAGCAACCGUUGGAUACUGGUGCCAGUAAAGGUUCAGCCGAUAUAGGUUUCUCUGUUCUGGGCAGUACUCCCCCCACCUUGACACAUGUCAGAGAACUAUCACCUCCUCCGGUGUCGACUGAUGAAUUUCUUGUAAAAAAAACUGAGCCCGGUUUGUUUGAAAGUGAUGAAGGUAUCAUCGACUGGGCCAAGUUGACAUGCCUUGUUUGCAAACGUAAAUUCCCAUCAGUGGACGUUCUAACAAAACACAAAACAUUAUCAGACUUGCACAAACAGAAUUUGGCAGAGUUUCGCAAGAAAAAUGAUCUCCUGCCGCAGACCAAUGGGUACAGAGACCGAGCGGCGGAGAGGAGGAUGAAGUUUGGUGAGGAUGAGCCACCGCCUAUUAGAAAGCGAUACGAACCUUCUGAAAGUUCACAUGCAUCGGUCAUGUCACAUCCCCCUCCAUCAGUUGUGGAUACAAUCGGGGGAAAAAUGUUGCAAAAAAUGGGCUGGUCGGAGGGCCGGGGGCUGGGCAAAACGGAGCAGGGCAGGAUAGCGCCCAUAGAGGCGGAGCAGCGGCCCACGCUGGCGGGGCUGGGGCAAAAGCGCGGCGUUUACACCCCCACACCAGGGGAGACCUACAGAGAUACGGUCAAGAAGUUGAUGAUUGCUCGCUACAAAGAAGUUGUCGGACAAGAGGAAGGAAAUCAUUGAUGUGGGGGCCGCAAGCGCCUUACGACAGAAGUGGCGUGCGCCCGCACUGUGCGAGUCAACGCCAGCAACCAGACUCCGUGCCAAACAAAGUUCUCUUACAAAAUACAAUCCUCUGUUGAUAUUUCUGUUCACAUGUAGAAUAUGUCAGGAAUAGGAAUUACCUUUUUUUUUUGUUUUUUUUUUUACUGUCCCUCCAUCACAUACCGUACCUAUAUUACAAUUAGAUUGAUAAAGAUAUGAACUCGAAUGGAUUCCAUUAUAAAAGACAAGUUUUUUUUUAGAGCAUCUAAAUGUUAAAAUACUAAAAUUUUAUUAGAUAUUUUUGUACUAAAUAAGACCAUUAUAGU